GGCCAAGGGUUGGGCGUCAUCGUUGAGCCUCUGGCUGGCUGGAAGUUUCAGGAGAGUCGUUCCAAAGUCUCGGCUCUCUCACGAGUCAUCUCUUAACAGAUGCAAACAAAAUGAGUCUCUCGGAGCAGCGUUAUCGGAGUUCAGAGUCCCGUUGUUAACUUCCUCCGCGGCGGGGGAGGGCAGGUGGGGCCGGAGGAGCCGCCGGGGGCUUUGUUCAGCUUCUGCCAGGUCCUGCUUUGUUGGGAAGAUCUGCAACCCUCGUAGCAGAGAUUCAAGUGGGAAACAGAGGGGGAAUCCAGAGACAAACCAGCGGGGGAAUUAGGAACUGUGACGCCGUGUCCUCUCUCCUGUGCCGGAGCAAGCAAAGGAAAGAGAGGUAGAGGAAAAAAGACUGAGCCUUGCAACCAACCGUCACCCUGACGAUGUGUCAGUCAAACACCCUGCAGGGACCAGAUCUGCACACAGGGAAAUGGUGAGAUGCUAUAAAGCUUUAUCUAACCCUCCACCCUCUUGCUACAACCUCCACAAAGUUAAAAUUCAUGUCCGGAGGCUGCGUUCAGGGAACGGCAGCAGCAGCAGCUGUGCCGGGGACCAGCACCCACAACUGGAGAGUCCAGGCCCGGCUGGCUCUGCCGGUGGUACACCAAAUAGGAGAACUCGUUUCAGGUUGCAAUUUCCCCAGCUGGCCCUGAGGCGAAGGUUGGGCCAGCUAAGCUGUAUGUCUAGGCCUGCUCUGAAACUCCGUUCUUGGCCUCUGACUAUUCUCUAUUAUCUUCUGCCUUUCGGUGCUCUUAAACCCUUGACCAGAGUGGGAUGGAGGCCUAUGAGCAGGGUUGCUCUGUACAAAUCGGUACCAACUCGACUGCUCUCACGAGCCUGGGGUCGCCUGAACCAGGUGGAGCUGCCUACAUGGCUCCGGAAGCCUGUUUACAGCCUGUACAUCUGGACAUUUGGAGUGAACAUGAAGGAGGCAGCUGUUGAAGAUCUGCAUCACUACAGAAACCUCAGCGAAUUCUUCCGCAGGAAGCUGAAACCACAAGCACGGCCAGUCUGCUGUUUGCACAGUGUGAUUAGUCCCUCUGAUGGAAAGAUCCUUAAUUUUGGACAGGUAAAAAACUGUGAAGUGGAGCAAGUAAAAGGGGUUACUUAUUCUCUGGAAUCUUUCUUGGGACCUCGCAUCUCCACAGAGGAACUGCAUUUUAGCCAGGCCCCACCUGGUAACUCUUUUCAGCAACAACUAGUCACAAAGGAGGGCAAUGAGCUCUAUCAUUGUGUAAUCUACCUUGCACCGGGGGAUUAUCACUGCUUCCACUCACCCACUGACUGGAGGGUGUCACACCGUCGUCAUUUCCCAGGCUCUCUGAUGUCUGUGAAUCCUGGAGUUGCUCGCUGGAUCAAGGAACUGUUCUGCCACAAUGAACGGGUUGUCCUUACAGGUGACUGGAAACAUGGCUUCUUCUCUUUAACAGCUGUAGGAGCAACGAAUGUCGGCUCUAUCCGCAUCUACUUUGACCAGGACUUGCACACCAACAGUCCCUGUUACUCGAAAGGUUCCUACAAUGACUUCAGCUUCAUAUCCAACAACAACAAGGAGGGAAUCCCCAUGAGGAAAGGGGAACAUUUAGGGGAAUUUAACUUAGGCUCUACGAUUGUACUAAUCUUUGAGGCACCCAAGGACUUCAAAUUCCACCUCAAAGCUGGACAGAAAAUCCGCUUUGGAGAAGCACUGGGCUCUCUAUAGAAACUCCCUUGAGCAAGAAGGUUUUCUAUACAAAGGGACUCUUACCACACCACUGAGUGUUUCACUUACUUAACAAUUAUGUAUCACUCAGCAGGACCUGGGUGAGGAAUAAAGAGGAUGUCAUUGUUAUGUUAAACUUGAGAGUAUUUGGUCUACAUUUACAUGCUGCUGAAUGCAGAAAGAGAAUUGAAUGACCAUAUAUGUAUCAGGUACAGCUGCCUUUAAAGAUGUUGAUGGUGGAGGUUUCUGUCCCACCCUGUGCCUGUAGUCUUUCAUGUCCUCCCCUCAACGUGCCACAGGAUAAUUAUGUUCUUAGAGCCUGUAAGUCCCUUUUGAGCCUUCCUAGGCUGUGCCAGUGCAAUGGGGAAGGGUGGAGGUAGAGAUUAACUGUAUUUAAAGGGACAUUGACAAGCUGAGUCAGACCUUGUACCUUAUCUGCAAUAUCUGUUUUUCAGACCUUGAGUGAAGAAUGUGUUCUCAUAUUUAUUUUAUUUUAAGACACUCUGCUGAAGUUCUUAUAUAAAAGGGAGCCUGUGAAUGCAUAGAGCACCAAACAGUAUAAUUGGCUAGUAUGGCUUCACAGUCCAAAUUAAGCAAAAUGUGUAACAGCAUCAGUACAGUAAAUUACACUCAUCCAGGUUUUCUACUGUUGGACAACUUUAAUUCUUUUACCUGACAUUGUCCCUGUAAAAAUGGACUUUGCACUGUAUUUUAAACCUGAAAACACUGUGUCUACAUUCCAUAUGAUGAAGGUGGUCAUCUUUGGGAUUUUCUUUAAAAAAAAAAAAAAAAAAGCAAAGCUGUGUGUCCUAUUCUAAUCCAUUGUUUUAAUUUGCUAUUCCAGGCCUUAAAGAUUUUGUUUGUAUGAGAGACAGUUACUUCACCUCUUGGAUUAAGGGGUUAGAAGACAUAGGGGAUGUUUUUCUUGUGUGAGGCGAUGAGAUGGCAGCCAAAAUAUGUUUCUACUAUGUAUCUGUCUUCAUUGUUGCUUUGCCACUAAGUUCUUGAAGAAUUAACUCCUCUACAGAACACUUUCAGUUACUUCAGGACCAAUUUUUAUUGCACAGAGUGAAAUGCCCUAUGCACUGACUGUGUAUAAAAAUACUACAGACCUUUGAAGCAAUUCCAAGUUGCCUCCUAGGUGCCAACCUGGCCAUCCUAUAAUGGACUGGCAACAAUUUCAUCUUACUCAAAAUAUAAAAAACCCACACCAGCUCUGACCUCUGCCCUCAUACUUAACGCUAGGAAUGUGCUGGGGGCUGAAAGCUCUAUGCUGAAGCUUCAUCCUACAACAAAACUUUAGAGCCUCUUUGUAACUUCAUGUUAAGAAGAGUUAAAAUCUACUUUAAAUCAACUUUGGAGCUGCUGAAUGUGGCACUAUAUGGCACUGUCUGAAACUGGUGCCAAAGUGAAGAAGAGGAAUUGAGUUUUAAAGCAAUAUAUCAAUUGUUUUUAGAGAAUAAACUGUUUCAAGUCCAGGCACUCAACCAUUUAGAACUGACUUUGCUGUCCAGAGCUGCUUGGAGUGGACAUGCUUAUGAAACCUGCCUUUCUGCUCUCUGAAAGAUUUCUCAUAUUACUUCCUUGCUUGAGCUACUUUUCUGCUACUUCAAGGAGAUGGUAGGCUUUGACCAGCUCUGAUUUCCUAAAGAAAAAAAACUUACCUUCUUUGUAUGCACUGCAGAAAAUAGAAUAUAAUUUUGUUGUACAAAUGUCCCAUUUGCCAAGUCCUGUACACUUAGCUUGUCAUGAGGAAAGAAGGGAUGAUAAACUGCCUCUAAGUGAUGUAGCCCAGCCAUGACUCAGAUGAUGGUGGCUGUUUGGGUGACAAGCAAGAGAAAAUUCAUUUGGCUCCGAGAGUCAAUGUUUCCUCACUUUACACUGGGAGGAGUUGAAAGCUUGAAGUGGCUCUCAGCCACCUUUCUUGUUAAACUUCUUGGCACUAGCAAGUUUACUCCUGCAGCAGUAUAUUACCAUACACAGGUUAUAGAAAUGUGCACUUUUUUAAACCAGUGAGAAUGAGAAAAGACUAAGGCAAACAUCACCCCCAAGAAGAUAAAGCUAUGACUAGCCUUUUGACUAAACUUCACUGUCAUGUUAACAGUAGAAAGCAAAUUCGUUCCAGUGGAUGAGAGAAAACUGAAUCUUUUCCCUCUUUUCCACUGGGGCCUAUGGCAUCCAGACACAGCCAAAGCAACGUUAAGCUUUAAUUUCUUCCUACUCAGCAUCACCAUCCACAGUAUCUGAAGGUUCCUGUUAGCCUAGUAAUAGAUAGGUUACCUGAUGUUUGCUUUUUAGAAAUCUGAGGAGGAGAGGAUUCAGUGUGCAAGUUGCUGUUUUUGUGAUGGUCUUAACACUGUGCAGAGCUAGCUGAUUAACAAACAUCGCUUGUUAUGCAGAGGUCAGCAGUGCACCCUGGAAGUGAAAGCAAAGCAAAGUUCCUAGAGGGUACUGAUAAUGCUGUGAAUUUCUCCUGCAUGGAGAAUCCAUUUAAUUCAACUGUAUCAGUAGCACGGUAUUUUUGUAUGUCAGAGUGUAUGACUUACUGACAUGAACUCAUUUAACUGCAAACAUUUUGAAAUAAAGAGUCUUAUCAGUGUUGCUUA